AAUAAACCAUUUGUCUUCAGUCUUAAGAAUGAUAGGCUGACAACAGAGAUAUGUAAAAUAUUUUUUAAGACCCAUCUAUAAGUGAGCAAGAAAAUAUCAGAGGAAAAGUCCUCCCUCUCAGUAAGGCAUGAAUAGAACAUCUUAUUUUCAGUGAGUCAGACACUUGGAUUGGAUUUAACCUUAAAUCUCUGGAGUUCAAGACCUUUUAAAAAGGGCUAAAUAAACAAUCUCUACAUGUAAAGGCCACUGACUCCUGCUUCCUCUGUUCAGAGCAACUGUUGAACCCAGCUGUCCAGAGGUCUUAGGAGGCAGGCUCCCUGUGCUGGGUUUCAUCGUUUACCAUGGAAGACUCCAUUCAACAAAACAGCCAGUCUAGGACAGACUCAUAUACCAUUCUGAUCUGGGUGCAUUUCUUCAGAAGGAAAACUGAAGACUUUAAUAACAAACCCUCCAAGGUCAAAAUGAAUACAGAUAGCGGUGGGUGUGCUCGCAAACGCGCUGCCAUGUCUGUUACAUUAACAUCUGUGAAGAGAGUUCAAAGUUCUCCAAACCUAUUGACUGCAGGACGUGAUUCUCACUCACCAGACUCAGCUUGGAGGUCUUACUAUGAUCGAAAUCAAGACACACUGAACGGAGAUGCUACAUAUUCCUCUCUUGCAGCAAAAGGUUUUAGAAGCGUUCGACCAAGCCUACAAGACAAAAAAUCACCAUCCCAGGCACCCCUUCUACCGCCCAGAAAAAAGAACUUUGGUAGCCCCCUGAUUACCAAUCACACAAAGUGUGACAUUUUAAACCAGUUAGUAACUAACACACAAAUUCCCUCCUGUAUCAAGUACUUUACUAAUAAAAAACCUUUUCAGGGAGCUAUGAAUUCUAAUGAAGAUGAUUCCAGCCAGACCAUUGUAUAUUCUGAAGAAUCUAACACAACUGUGUCAUACACACAAAAAAUUACUAAUCUGCUACCAGCCACUUCUAGCACAGGUCCCGAACCAACUGCUGACCUGAGUAGCCCGUUUCUACAAGAGGACUACACGCAAGAUUCUCAAACUCAGAGAAUUUCUACAUUGAAACUAAUCCAUAACCAGGAUCUAGGAAGCAGCAUGCCCUUUAAUACGCCACAGCUUUCCAAACCUGUUGACGUACCAUCAUUUGCCAAAAGGCCUCCCUCACCGCCCCCUAACCCAGUGCCUGAGAUACACACAGCAUCUCUUUCCAUUCAGAUAGCUCCCCUGUCAGGACAUGAUCCUGAAAGCCACAAACAGCUACCUGAACUUCCUCCAGAGACUACAAAGAUACCUCUUCAGCAAGAGAGACAAAAAUCUGCAGUUGCUGCGGCCUCUCAGUCUUCAGACUGCCGGGUGAGCCAGAUAACAGUGAAUGGAAACUCUGGAGGUGCUGUGAGUCCAAUGAGUUACUAUCAAAGGCCGUUUUCCCCUUCAGCCUACUCUCUACCAGGCUCACUCAAUUCAAGCAUUAUCAUGCAGCAUGGCCGGUCACUUGAUUCCACAGAAGCGUAUCCCCAGCAUGCACAGUCCCUGGACGGCUCUAUACCGCUGUACAGAUCCUCAGAGGAAGAGAAAAGAGUGACGGUUAUCAAAGCCCCACAUUACCCGGGGAUCGGGCCUGUGGACGAAUCCGGAAUCCCCACAGCAAUUAGAACGACAGUUGACAGACCGAAGGACUGGUACAAGACAAUGUUUAAGCAAAUCCACAUGGUGCACAAGCCAGAUGAUGACACAGACAUGUAUAAUACUCCUUAUACAUAUAAUGCAGGCUUGUACAACUCACCCUACAGCACUCAGUCACAUCCUGCUGCAAAGACCCAGACCUACAGACCUCUUUCCAAAAGCCACUCGGACAAUGGCACUGAUGUCUUCAAGGAUGCGUCCUCCCCUGCCCCUCCCCCACAUGUUCCUCCUCCAGUUCCUCCACUUCGACCAAGGGAUAGGUCUUCAACAGAAAAGCAUGACUGGGAUCCUCCAGACCGAAAAGUGGACACAAGAAAAUUUCGUUCUGAGCCCAGAAGUAUUUUUGAAUAUGAACCUGGGAAAUCAUCGAUUCUGCAGCAUGAAAGACCAGCUUCCUUAUAUCAAUCCUCUAUAGAUAGAAGCUUGGAAAGACCCACUAGUUCUGCAAGCCUGGCCAGUGACUUUAGGAAAAGAAGGAAGAGCGAGCCUGCCGUGGGGCAGCCGAGGGGCUUGGGGGACCCCACUGCAAGCAGGAUGAGCCCAGGUCGAGCAGACCUCCCAGGAUCAAGCGCCACCCUGACAAAGUCUUUCAUUAGUUCUUCUCCUUCUUCCCCAUCCAGAGCAAAAGGUGGGGAUAGCAAAAUGUGUCCACCCCUUUGCAGUUACUCAGGGCUCAACAGUAACCCCUCCAAUGAGUUAGAUUCCUGUAAUACUUACAGACAGCAUUUGGACAUCCCACGUGACUCACAGAGGGCCAUUACUUUCAAAAACGGCUGGCAAAUGGCCCGGCAAAAUGCAGAGGUCUGGAGCAGCACUGAGGAAACGGUUUCCCCCAAAAUCAAAUCCCGUAGUUGUGAUGAUCUCCUCAACGAUGACUGUGAUGGCUUCCCGGACCCAAAAGGCAAGUCAGAAAGUAUGGGCUCCCUGUUAUGCGAAGAGGACGCCAAGGAAAACUGCCCCGCGCCGUGGGCUUCCGCCUACAUGCCGGAGGGCCGCAGUAAUGGCAGAUCAAGGCUUCGGCACAGGGCAGCCCACGACGCCCCAGGGUUCCUAAAAAUGUACAAGAAAAUGCACCGCAUUAACCGCAAAGAUCUGAUGAAUCCCGAGGUCAUUUGCUCCGUCAAGUCGAGAAUAAUGCAGUAUGAAAAGGAGCAGCAACACCAGGGCCUGCUGCACGGAUGGAGCCAGUCCUCCACAGAGGAGGUGCCCAGGGAUAUGGUGCCCACCCGCAUUUCUGAAUUUGAAAAGUUGAUUCAAAAGUCAAAAUCCAUGCCCAAUUUAGGAGGUGAAAUGUUAUCUCCUGUGCUCUCAGAACCACAACACAAUGGUUUAUGCCCCAAAAGGCGAUUUUCCAUUGAGUCUUUGCUAGAGGAAGAAAAUCAGAGUAGACACCCUUCUCAGGCACAACAAAGCUACAAGUCUAGAACCCUGGUGCCCAUUCAUAUUGAAGUCACCAGUGAUGAGCGGCCCAGAACGCAUAUGGAGUUCUCUGAUAGCGACCAGGAUGGAGUGGUGUCUGACCACAGCGAUUACAUCCACGUGGAGGGAUCGUCCUUUUGCAGUGAGAGUGACUUUGAUCACUUUUCGUUCACGUCCUCUGAAAGUUUUUAUGGAUCCAGCCACCAUCACCACCAUCACCACCACCAUCACCGGCACCUCAUCAGCUCCUGCAAAGGCAGAUGCCCUGCCUCUUACACUCGAUUUACCACAAUGUUAAAACAUGAAAGAGCUAAACAUGAAAAUACUGAAGAGCCCCGAAGACAAGAAAUGGACCCUGGCCUUUCUAAACUUGCAUUUCUAGUGAGUCCUGUGCCUUUCCGGAGGAAAAAAAAUUUGACUCCCAAAAAACAGACUGAAAAGGCAAAAUGUAAAACGUCGGUAUUUGAGGCUCUGGACUCUGCCCUGAAAGACAUCUGUGACCAAAUUAAAGCAGAAAAGAGAAGGGGAAGUUUGCCAGACAACAGUAUAUUGCACCGUCUUAUCAGUGAACUGCUGCCAGAUAUUCCUGAAAGGAAUUCAUCACUUAAAGCUCUAAAAAGGAGCCCCAUGCACCAGCCUUUCCACCCACUGCCUCAAGAUGGUGCUAUUCAUUGUCCAUUGUACCCAAACGAUUGUGGGAGAAUGCCCCACAGUACCUCUUUCCAAGACAUGGACACCAAUAACAACAACUACCACCAAGACCACGACAGUGCACUGAGUCUCCAAGACCGUGAAUCCCCUAGAAGUUACUCGUCCACUUUAAGUGACUUGGGGAGAAGUGCACCAAGGGAAAGAAGAGGAACUCCAGAAAAAGAGAAAUUUCCUGCAAAGGCUGUUUACGAUUUUAAGGCUCAGACAUCUAAGGAGUUGUCAUUUAAGAAAGGAGAUACUGUCUACAUCCUCAGGAAAAUUGAUCAGAAUUGGUACGAGGGAGAGCACCGUGGGAGAGUGGGCAUUUUCCCAAUUUCAUAUGUAGAGAAACUCAUGCCUCCUGAAAAAGCACAGCCCGCGAGACCACCUCCCCCAGCCCAGCCUGGAGAAAUCGGAGAAGCUAUAGCCAAAUACAAUUUCAAUGCUGACACAAAUGUGGAGCUCUCACUGAGAAAGGGAGAUAGAGUUAUUCUUCUCAAAAGAGUUGAUCAAAACUGGUAUGAAGGUAAAAUUCCAGGAACCAACAGACAAGGCAUCUUCCCUGUUUCCUAUGUAGAAGUUGUCAAGAGGAACACAACCAAAGGCGCUGAGGAUUACCCUGACCCUCCAAUACCCCACAGCUAUUCAAGUGAUAGAAUCCACAGCUUAAGUUCAAAUAAGCCACCAUCAUUUUCUUCGGGAGAUCGAACGUCUACACCUUUUCCCAGCCGCCUGCUUUCUUCCCCUACCCUUCAUCCUCCCCUGGCCUCUGUCUCUGACCUGGUCUCGACACUUCCUCAGCCUACCCAGUCCUACUCACCUCCUCUCCUCCCUAAAUACUCUUAUCAAAAGGAGAUAAGUUCACCACAAUUAAAGGCUGACCUAAAAAGCGAGAUAUUUGUCUUGGGUAAGCCUCCACGUAGCCCAGUGAUGUCUAGGAGAUCCUGCAGCUCACCUGUCAGAGGGCUCAACGGUUCCCACAGGGUAGGGAUGGACCGCCCUGCCUUGAGCCAGCCACAGCGUCCUGUGUUUACUCAUGAAAACAUUCAAGGUGGGGGGGAACCGUUUCAGGCUCUGUAUAACUAUACUCCUAGGAAUGAAGAUGAGCUGGAGCUCAGAGAAAGUGAUGUCAUUGACGUGAUGGAAAAAUGUGAUGAUGGAUGGUUUGUCGGAACCUCAAGAAGAACCAAAUUCUUUGGUACUUUUCCCGGAAACUAUGUCAAGAGGCUGUGAAUCACUCUCCCUCCUAUUUAUGCUGCAUUUCAGCACCACAUCUGCAUAGCCUCGCCUGAAAGAUCCUCGCAGGCCUCCCGCUGUCAUGCCUUAUGGUUUCCAAUAGAAGUCACCCACUGUCACCAUCUCCACCUGCCACCAGACCACCAGCAAAGUAACGGCCACCGCGCCUUGGAGAAACUGGCAGACUAAUCCUGUGUGAAAGUGCAUAUUUCUACUUUCUGCUCUAAACUGAAAAGUCUAAAUGUUGGGAUCAAAAAGAAAAUCAUUAUACUUACAAAGGGUUAAAUAUAUUUGAAAGUGUCCCAAGGAGGCUCUCUGGUCUGCUUAGGGAGAUGUUUUGCCUUCAGGCAACCAGAAGAUGGUUUAUUACUAAGUGCUGUGGUGUGCAUUUUCACAUUCUUAGCUUGGCAGUAUAUUUUCCUUUCACGAGUUUGCCUAGUGUCCUGAUUUACACAAUAUGGUAACUGUACUUCAGCUAUCGUUUGCCUGCACUUAUAUGUUGUAAUAUGCACAGUGAUUACAAAAUCUAAAGCAAAAAUAGGAACGUUAAUUCGGAUGAGUGUGAUUUUGUUGAUUGAAUGUGAGUUUUCAAACAGGAGUCUUUUACUGCUAUUCUUUUGUACAUUUUAGAAGUGCAAACAGGAAGUGAAAAAGAGCUUUGGGUAAUAAUCAUGAGACUAUUAAGAAGUUUAGCUAGACUACAAAAACAAUGUUGUGUUGUAAAGUUGCAUUGCUAUUUUAUAUUAAAAUGUAAUAAUCAGCAUCAUGAACAAUAAGCUUAGUGUUUUAUUUAUCUGAUAAAAUUUAAAUAAAAGCAGUGUUAGUGAGAGGUGCAAAGAGUUAUUCUAACAUAGACACUUGAAAGUAUCUGUAAGCAAUAUUCAUAGGUAAGGUUUGUACUGUGCGUACACAUAUACAUUUGCGAUUGUAUGAGAACAGACAAUCCCAUAUGAUAUGUUGUACAUUUUAUGGAAAUGUAAAAGAACCCCACAUGUUAUUUUAUAGAAAUAGAGUACUUUAGAAGCAUCGCAAAUAAGAAGGCUGGUUUUAGCAAGGAUUACGAUCAAUACAAUUAUUUUUACUACGAUAAUUAUUUUUCUUCUAUGGAACUCAGAAUCCUGGCUACAUUUAAGGACAGGAACAUGUUGAGCCUGAUUUUCCUGGUGUGUGUGAAAUAUUUCCUCGGAUUACACUAGGCACUGUUUAGACGCAAUGUUAAAUCAUUCAGGUUAUAUUUUAUGCCCUGCAGGAGAACUUUACAGAAUGAUAUUGGGACCUGGGAGAUUUAAUGUGGUUACCAGUGCCUGCGUUACACACACCCUGAGAACUAGCUUUGUAUUUCUUAUGACUUUGCAUAAGAACUAUUCAUAUUUGGAUCUUGAGCACCUUACAGAUAAAACUUUUUAUGGCAUUUCUUCUGUGGACAGUGAUCUUUUCACAAUGUAUGUAGACUCUAGAAUUUUGUACAUAUGUUCACUCUUUUUUUUUUUUGUACAGACUAUUUAGUUGUUGAGAAAACAAGGGAAUUUCCUAAUUUGGUCUUUAUCCUUCGCUUAAACUCAGCUAAAAGUGAUCCUUUCCACAUCCCACAGAUCUUAAGCACGCCUUCAUAGUGUGAUUCUGUAAGAUAGCAUUUAUGCAGAAGUUUAUGAACUUAAAAGAUCUUAGCAGCCAAACCGAAAUGUACAGAAAUAUCGAUGACAGAGGAAUUUCAUUGGGAAGAAGGAAAAGAAACAUCUUUGAGUAGCCUACCUAGAUUAACUGUCGAGUUCACAACCAGCUUUAUAUUUGAAAGGCUUUGGGUUUGAAAUUAGAUCAACUGCAUGCAGCUUUGCUGAUAAACGAAUAAUUAUCUUUGAUGCCAUUUAUGAGAAGAGACUUCACUAUCUGUUGCCUGUCAUAUUUAAGAAAAAAAUGACUGUUUCUACUCUCUGUACCUGAUUUUAAAAGGAAAAAUAUUCAUACCUGGCUUUCAGGUUAAUUGACUUUGAAUUCUUACAAGCAAAGGUCAUCAUUGUGUUUUUCUUGAAUAGAGAUCUAAUAAAUUUUGCUUGGAAGUAUA